AUGCCUAGAGAGCCUAAAGUCAAGAAGCCAAGACAUGAUCCUCUCUUGGUGGAUCUGGAACAAGAUGAUCAUCUUCACAAGUUUGGUAGAGUCAGCAAGCCAGGUCGACGACGGAAGCGCAUAGAGGAAGAUGAGGUGGAAGGGGGCGGAGAAGAUGCGAGAAUGUCGAAGAAGAUUUUAGAUCUGGCAAGGGAUCAACAGGAUGAAAUAGCUAGGGAAAUGGGGGAGGAAGAAUGGGAAGAUGAGGACGAGGGAGAACCAUCGUCGAGGACAAGAGUAAUUGAUGAUGGAUCGGACGAGGAUGAAGAGAUUCAAGAGGGCAGUGAAUAUGGAGAUAGAGAGUAUGGUGAUCUGGAAAUCGAUCCUGCUGACCAUGCUACUUUAGACGCUUUAGGUCCGAGCGCUGCUAUGGGUGAAGCAGGAGGGAGAACUCUGGCAGAUAUAAUCUUUAGUAAGAUGCAAGGAGGUGCGAUAUCCAGGGGUAUGGAAGAUGAAGAUGAAGGUCCUCCUGAUCCUAAAAAAGGUCUGAAUCCAAAAGUCAUCGAAGUCUAUACAAAAGUCGGUUUCUUACUCUCUCGAUAUAAAUCUGGUCCAUUACCUAAAGCCCUCAAGAUCCUCCCAUCACUUCCUCAUUGGGCACAACUCCUCGCUUUGACAGAACCUGAUAAAUGGACACCUCACGCCACUUUCGCAUGUACGAAGAUAUUCGUUUCCAAUCUUAAACCUACCGAGGUGAGAGUUUUCAACGAAGGAGUAUUGCUCGACAAGUGUAGAGAAGAUAUGCGAGCGAAUGGAGGCAAGUUGAACGUUCAUUUGUACGAAUCUCUCAAAAAGGCACUAUACAAACCUGCUGCUUUCUUCAAAGGUAUUCUAUUCCCUUUAUGUGAGACCGCUUGUUCUUUGAAAGAAGCAGCCAUCGUCGCUUCGGUACUUUCGAAAGUAUCAGUUCCCGUACUUCAUUCCGCUGCUGCUCUCAUGCGAUUGGCAUCGAUGGAUUAUUCCGGUCCGAAUUCCCUUUUCAUCCGUGUUCUCCUCGAUAAGAAAUACGCAUUACCUUAUAAAGUGGUAGAUGCUAUCGUAUUUCACUUUAUCCGAUUAGCCAAUUCGCCUCGAAGUCGUCAUGGGGAAGAUAAACUUCCGGUUUUGUGGCAUCAAAGUUUACUUGUUUUUGUACAGAGGUACAGCUCGGAUUUGACGCCAGACCAAAAGGAUGCGUUACUUGACGUGAUACGUGUUCGACCUCACGCCACGAUCAGUUCAGAGAUCCGACGUGAGAUAGUGAAUUCGGUAGAGAGAGGCGCUCCUCGUCCAGGGGAAGAGGACGUGUUGAUGAGGUGA